GGCCGGAGGCCGCCACGAUACCAUGUAUAACUAGGGCCUGCAAGACUCCCUGUCAAGGGGUCUGGAGGGCAAGCAACCGUUUUUGUUUUUGUUUUGGUUUUUUUUUCGGUUCAGUGCUGCCAGGCACCUUCUGCUGAAUACACCACUGCCCCGCACGCUUCCUCAAAACAGCUGAGUGACCUGAACCUCUGAGAUCUCCCAGCGAGAACCCCUUCCAGUGCACAGCACGUUACAGCCAGUGUUCCACGUGGACUCUAGCUAGGGCGUCACCGUUUGCAAAGACCGCAAUUUGGCGCGUCGCACAAAAACUGUCGCCCCACCACUUUGCCAGCCAGGAAGCAGAGUACACGUCCUAUCAGCUGGGACAUUCGCACCUUAACUUUUCUGCAAAGGUAAAAGGAAACGGCCAAACAUCUGGAACUUCCAUGCACAGGGUGUAACACCCCCACCACCACGGCAGACACCUCGUCAACCACGCCCCACACCGAACAGCGAACAACGUAGCUGCUGCCCCCCUUUUCUUCUAGUCCGCACGGCUCUCCGCCCGGUCCCAACACGUCGAACGGCCGUGUGUUGCUGCGCCCGGUGGUUAUAUUAGCUGCCGUACCUUUUAUCAAACAGCUCCGGAGAUAAAUGUCACAUUAUCUGGACGACCCCGAGGUUGGGGGGGUUACCGAAACCACUCCACUCAACGGCCGCCGCCCGGCUCCGCGCUCCCCAUGGGUCUGUUUUUUAAUCGAUGCGCACCGCGCCCCCGGAGAUGACAGUGGCAACUUUGCCGUCAAAGCCGCUGCCAACACAUGGCGCGUUCUCAAGAUCUCGCUUCAAAGCAGUCCUGUUAAUAUCCUAAUCUUCUUCGCCCCCGUCGGCCUCAUCGCCGGGAUUAUGGGUUGGUCCCCAAUAUCGGUCUUUACGUUGAAUUCCCUCGCGAUCAUCCCCCUGGCCGCCAUCCUCUCCUUUGCCACAGAAGAAAUCUCUAUCAAGCUGGGUGAAACUGUCGGAGGGUUGGUGAAUGCAACCUUUGGAAAUGCUGUCGAGUUGAUCGUCAGCGUCAUUGCCUUGAAGCAAGGACAGAUCGAAAUCGUCCAGGCCUCUAUAUUGGGUUCUAUUCUUUCGAACCUGCUUUUGGUUAUGGGAAUGUGCUUCCUCCUCGGCGGAAUCGCCAACAUGCGAUCGCCCAAUGGCGCUGGCAUCGAGCAGAAAUUCUCCUCAGGAACUGCGCAAACAACGUCGCCUUUAAUGACCCUGGCCGCCGCCUCGAUGACCAUACCCACGACCCUUUACGGCAUCCUUAACGGCAACAUGGAUCCCGAUAAAAAGGACGCCUUUAUCCUUACACUUUCCCGCGGAACUUCCAUUAUCCUUUUGAUGCUUUACUGCUUAUAUCUAUAUUUCCAGCUUAACACGCACAAAAAUCUUUUCAUAGCGGACCCGCCCCAGUCCACUCAAAACGGUUUCGCUAAUGGCGUCGACGUCCACCCGGAGUUAGAUUUGGGAUCGGAGGAAGAGCAGGAGCACAUGGUUUGGUGGGCCGCCGCGCUGGUGCUGAUUGCCGUCACCGUUAUCAUUUCGUUUUGCGCUAACUACCUGGUCGAGAGCAUCGAGCCCAUCGUUGAGACGGGCGUACUUAGCCGCGCUUUUAUCGGCCUGAUCCUGAUCCCCAUUGUGGGCAACGCCGCUAAGCACGUUACGGCCUGCGUCGUUGCUGUACGUAACAAAAUGGAUCUCGCGCUGGCGGUGGCAAUCGGUUCGAGUAUACAAAUUUCCCUGCUCGUAACCCCAGCCCUGGUCAUUACGGGCUGGCUGGCACUCGACCAGCCUAUAAGCCUCCACUUCGAGACGUUCCAAACCGUCGCUUUUGGGCUUUCGGUCCUUAUCGUUACGUGCACGGUCCAAGACGGCAAGUCCAACUACCUCGAAGGCGCUAUGCUUCUAGGCUUGUACAUCAUCAUCGCCAUCGCCUUCUACGCCAGCCCGCAGAACGGCCUAGAUGUUACGGUUCGGCAGUAGGAGCUUCCACCCACUUGCUACCAAAAGAACGACUAAGCCAAAGUCGAACUUCGGCUCAAUUGGAGGCUCAAGUACCCUUUGUGAGGUAAGGCUGCACGAGAGGGCACGCCACGCCGUAACACUAAAUGUGUCCCUCAGCUUUCAUCGAAAGGUCGGCGGAAUGAUCGCUUCGGGUUAGCCGGGUAUUUUCGGUCUCCCAUCGUUGGUUGGUAGCUCUACCUGUUUCCUUUGUUUGGGAGCCAGCCCCCUGGUUAACUCAAUUUCCCACGAGCCUAAAAGUGAUUAUACUUCAGCUGGAGGAAGCAUGUUUGCUUUCAACACAGGUUUUUUAACGGCAUAUCCUCAAGCGGGAAAUUGUUACGAGAACCAGUGUAUAACCUACCUUUUUUUCAUUUGUUCUACUAUCCAAACCUUAUUUUCUCUGGUGGUUGUUUCAUAUGUUUCCUUUUCGCUUUUCUUUCCCUAUCCCUCUUUCCCCAUUUUCCUUCCUGUUUGCGGACAGCCCGUUAGGGUUCGGUGGGAAAAGCUCCUAGUUGCAAUGCAAAAUAUCUAAAAGCUGCUCCAUAUUCUUUAAGUACAAGAGAGGGUCGUACAACGACCUUCUGCUCCCUUUUUAUAGAGGGCGCAGAACAAAACGCGGGCG